AUGCGUCUUUGUGAUUUGGAAUUGCUGUUUGCUUCCAACAAUGAGUUACCCACAAGUCUGGCAAAAUUGGCCACUCUGGCAGACUUAGCGAUUCAGGCUAGUGGUCUAGCUGGGCCAAUCCCUUCUGGUAUUGCUUCCUUAACCAAAUUGACUGACCUGAGAAUCAGCGACUUGAAUUGGAAUGAUUCAAGUUUACCAUCUCUUAGUCCAUUGAAAAAUAUAAAGACUCUAGAUCUAAGUUGCAACAAGUUAACAGGACCAAUUCCAGAGAGCUUUAUUCACCUAGCAAACACGGACUUCGUCUACUAUAUCGCAGUUUCUGGACAGAACGAGAAGCUCUACAGAAAUGCACGCCUUUCUCCCCUCUCGUUGACAUACUAUGGAUUUUGUUUGAUCAAUGGAAACUACACAGUAAACCUUCACUUUGCGGAGAUCAUGUUUACUGACGACAGAACAUAUAGUAGCCUCAGAAGGCGUGUAUUUGAUGUCUACAUUCAGGGGAAGCUGGUGCUGAAGGAUUUCGACAUUGAACUCGAAGCAGGAGGAGUGAACAAGCCACUCACUAAAAACUUCACUGCAGUUGUUACUGAUACUACCUUGGACAUUCACUUCUACUGGGCUGGAAAGGGUACAAGUGGCAUUCCUGUUCGAGGAGUCUAUGGUCCUCUCGUUUCAGCCAUAUCCGUCGAUCCUAUGAUAGGAGUUUUCUCCGCAGUCAUUUUGGUUCUUGGUAUUCUCUGGUGGAAGGGAUGUCUCAAACGUAAAGACUCGAUGCAUGAUGAUUUGAAGGGUUUAGACCUUCACACCGGAACAUUUACCCUAAGGCAAAUCAAAGCUGCCACAAACAACUUUGAUCCUGCUAAUAAGAUCGGUGAAGGUGGUUUUGGUCCCGUAUUCAAGACAACACAGUCAUCGGUUGGGAAGGUGAAGGCCGAGGAUGUGCCGUGGACCGGCUCCUCGGCAUCCACUGCUGAUCUGUAUCCAGUCACAGUGGAUACUGAGUACUGGGAGAAGAGAGGUGGAUGUGCAGCAGCCUUGGUUUGAGACAACAUUACUGGAGAUUUUGAAGUCCAAUCAACCCCCAAUGUAUAUCAUUCUCUUCGUCUUCGAAAGAGCUUCGCGUGGGUAUCUUAAACGCCUCAAUCGGAGCCCCGUAAAAGAAGUUAUGGCCGUUUUACGAACACUGUGCUGUCCAGAAAAUUCCACCCGGCCGGGUUAAUUAUUAUUACCCUGUAAAUUCACCCGGCCGGGUGUCGCAAAUUGAGCAGUUUCUGACCGAAAAUCAUUACCCGGCCGGGUGAUUUUUACCCUUAAUAAUUCCACCCGGCCGGGUACAUUGUUUUGGCGUAUUUUUAUGCCAAAAAUGCGAUUUUUGAUGGGGAUUAAGAGGAGAAGAAGCCUAUGGUUCAUUCUAUUCCACACCUACCGCCCCUACACACACACAUACCCUCAAGAACACUUUGGAGAGAGAGAUUUGAGGAUUGAAGAGUCCACAUCGAAAGAUUGAAGCUUCACUCCAUAGAUCGAUCUCACAGGAGUACUUAGUAUCUUUAUUUCAUGUUUUUGAUGGAUUACUUUGUGUUGAACAUGGCUUCCUUUAUGAACAUGAGUAGCUAAACUUUUCUUGUAGAAU